AUGGCACGCAAAAAGGUGACCCUCGCAUGGAUCGCAAACGACUCGGCCCGCAAAUCGUCCUUCAAAAAGCGGAAGCGCGGCCUCCUCAAAAAGAUUGCGGAGCUCAGUACUCUCUGUGGAGUACCGGCCUUUGCUGUGGUGUACGGUCCAGGAGACCAUACACCCGAUGUGUGGUCCUCCGACUCCAAGGCCCAAACGGUACUCCACCGCUUCAAAAGCUUGCCCGAGACGGACCGCAACAAGAAGACUAUGGACCACGACGGUUUCCUGCGCCAGAGGAUCCAGAAGCUCCGUGACCAGAUCCAACGGCAGAGAAGAGAGAAUCGUGAGGCGGCAGCGGCGUCGCUCCUGAAUGAAGGCCUCGCUGGGAAGGGCAUCCAAUCGACGGCCGUUGACGAGCUCAAUGAGCUGUCCAGGCUGAUCGAACGGCGGAGUGCGGCUGUGAGGGAGAGGAUUGCGGUCCUUCGGUCCGAGGAGGCCAUGGCGAAGGAGAGGAUCUCGGCUGUCGGACAGGUCAUGCCAGAGAUGGACGAUCACAAAUGGUUCUUGGAUGAGAUGCUGGGAAUCGGCGGAGGGCAGCUUGGGGAUAUUUUGGGAGGACAGAGUGCAUAUUUUCAGGAUAAUUCGUGGGCGAAUAUGGAGAGUGCGGCUUUGUACGGUGAUUAUUAUGCGAUGAUGAGGUCUUGA